UAGCAAGAUUGCCGUAGUUUAAAACCCCCCAUUUUCUCACUCCUCCGCAAUUGUCGCUUUGAUUUCUUUCUGGAGAGAGAAAAUUUAUGAAAACAAAAGGUCUCUUUUAAUGCUCCCUUAGGAAACACAUAUAUAUAAAACGGAAAACCAGUUGAUAGGUUCCCGUGAUCCACAUUCUUCACCUACACGACCCUGUUCCAAAUUCUAACAACGACCCAAUUCACUUCCACCUGAAUCUUGAUCUGGGUUUCCAUCACUUCAAUCAUUUUUCAUGUUUCUCUUUUGCAAUAUAUAACGCGUUAUAAAUAUAACAAAAUAAUGGGCUGUGUGACAUCUAAACAAGCAGUGUCUGUGACCCCGGCUGCGGAUCACUCCGGGGUGUUCCGCGACAAUUCUGCGGCGGGUUCCGGCAGGGUUGGUGGUGAUGUGGCGGUGGAAGUGGAGGGGAAGAAGGGUAAGAGUAAGAGUAAGAGGAAGAGUAAGAACGAGUCAGGGGUGAGUGGGGAUGUGACUGGGAGUGAGUUGGGUGAGUCGGGAAGAGCGAGUUCGACGAAUGGUGGGGGUGACUCGGUGAGUUUUAGGUUGGGGAAUUUGCAUAAGUAUGUGGAGGCGGAGCAGGUGGCGGCAGGGUGGCCGGCGUGGCUUAGCGCGGUGGCCGGUGAAGCUAUUCAGGGGUGGGUCCCACUCAGAGCAGAGUCGUUUGAGAAGUUAGAAAAGGUUGGACAAGGUACAUACAGCAGUGUGUUUCGAGCUCGUGAGCUCGAAACAGGGCGGAUAGUCGCGUUAAAGAAGGUUCGUUUCGACAAUUUUGAACCCGAGAGUGUUCGGUUCAUGGCAAGAGAAAUCGUGAUUCUUCGUAGGCUUGAUCAUCCAAAUGUUAUGAAACUAGAUGGAAUCAUAACAUCUAGAUUAUCAUGUAGCAUAUAUCUUGUUUUCGAAUACAUGGAACACGAUAUUUCGGGCCUGCUUUCUUGCCCCGACAUUAAGUUUACUGAAUCACAGAUUAAAUGUUACAUGAAGCAGUUGUUAUCUGGGCUUGAGCAUUGUCAUUUGCGUGGCGUGAUGCAUCGUGAUAUUAAAGGGGCGAAUCUUUUGGUAAAUAAUGAAGGUGUUAUGAAAAUUGCGGAUUUCGGGUUGGCGAAUUUUUGUAAUAUGUCUGGCGAAAAGAAACAACCGUUGACUAGUAGAGUUGUGACGCUAUGGUAUAGACCGCCUGAACUUUUAUUGGGGUCGACGGAUUAUGAAGCUUCUGUCGAUCUAUGGAGUAUCGGGUGUGUUUUUGCAGAAUUGCUUCUUGGUUCACCUAUUUUACAAGGAAGAACAGAGGUUGAACAAUUGCACAAAAUCUUUAAGCUUUGUGGCUCGCCACCGGACGACUACUGGAAAAAGUCAAAGCUUCCUCAUGCGACAUUAUUUAAACCGCAACAUGCUUAUGAAAGUUGUUUAUGGGAGACUUUUAAAGACCUUCCAAAAUGUGAUGUGGAACUUAUUGAAACCUUGCUGUCUGUGGAGCCGUAUAAGCGAGGGACCGCCUCAUCUGCUCUUGCAUCUGAGUAUUUCAAGACGAAGCCGUAUGCAUGUGAUCCAUCAAGCUUACCAAAAUACCCUCCAAACAAAGAGAUCGAUGCAAAGCAUCGCGAAGACUCAAAAAGGAAAAAGCCCGUUAGACCUCGUGGGCCCGAAGUCUCACGACGGUUAGCCAGAAAACAAAAUGGCUUGACUAAAUUGGCACCUGAAGAGAGUUUACCAGGUCAAAGUCAAACCCGGCUUAAAAUCAACGGAAAUAGUUUGGAUACUAAGAAAGGAGGAGAUCUAAUUUUGGGAUUUGAGCUACGAAAGCCUUCUAUAAACACGAUAGAUGACGACGGUUCACAUACAAAACACGCAUCCCAAGGAGACAUUCCAUAUUCGGGACCUUUACAAGUUCCGGGCUCAAGUGGGUUCGCAUGGGCUAGAAGACGAUUGGAUGAUUCUUUAUCCAUAAGGUCACGCAGCCGGUCCAGUUCAAGAAGCUUGAUUUCUGAACCUUCUGGCCCGUUACAUUUGAAGAGCUACGAGUCUAAAUGUAAUGAAAAUCUUGACCGGACUGGUUCCAGAGGUCGGGAGUCCAAUGGGCUGGUCAUUAAGAACUGGAACCAAUUAGAGCGACCCGAUUCAUUUGAUGCUGGGUCAGAUGGGUUUGUCAAGAGAAUGAAUAUGAUGUAUCAUGAUCAUGAAGAGAAGGUUGAGUUGGUCGAGUUUUCGGGACCUUUGUUGUCUCAACCAAAUCGUAUCGAUGAACUUCUAGAGAGACAUGAACGACAGAUUCGCCAAGCGGUUCGAAGAUCAUGGUUCCAAAGAGGGAAGAAAGUGGGCUAGUGAAUUAGAGAUGUUUCUUGACAUGGUUGACCCUUUUAUCAUAAUAAGGUUUUUUUGAAGGUCCAAAUGUUGUGAAACUUGAACCUUUGAAGGAUGAUUAAGGGUCCAAAUGUUGGUUAACCAAUAGGGUACAUGAGUUGAAGGGUUCAUGGAUCAUGGUCUUGAAUAACUAUAUUGAGUUAAGAUUUAAUUAUAUCUAUUAGAAUUAUGUUGGGUAAUUAAUGUAGGUUCAAUCAAUA